AUGAGGAGCAGUUGUCCCGAAGAUGCCGGUGCACCUGUUGAGGAGCCGGCCUUCACAUCUAUUCUGGCGUCGUGCGAAGCUCGGCUGUUCGCGCUGCGUGAGCAGACAGCCGUGUUGGAAGGAUUGCUUUUAACGGAAGCGAAGAGACGGACGGAACACGAUAAUCAGCUGCAGAAAUAUAUUGAUGAUGCCGCCCGUAUAAUGGAGCACAGAAUAAAGGAAGAGCUGAAUGCCCGGAUGAUGUCUUUGCAGACUACUGUAGAACAACUUUCUGCCAAGGCCACGAAACUGACGGGGGAGUUGCGUUUAGAACGCGAAAAGAACAUUCGGCUGACACAAGAGCUUCAGACGUUUGUCGUGGAGGGAAUAGGCGAGCUUCAGGCCGCUCUGCGAAGCGAGUGCGUGGAACGCGAGGAUCGGGACCGUCUGCUGAGGGCAAAGCUCACUGAAACAACAACGGAGUUUCUCAGCAAAAUGGCGGAAGAAGAAGAACGGUGGAAAAAAUUAUUUGAAGCAAAGAGGGAGAAUGCCGACAGCAAAAACGAGAGUUCUAUCCGUGAGAGCGGCAAACACUAUGACGAACCAAUUUCAAUUCUCUCAGGGAAAACGUCCUAA